AUGGCUGCAGGGUUUGUCGAAUCGUUUCCUUCUCCCAACUCAAGGGUGAUGGGGAGCAAUUGCGCUCCUUUGCCGAAGUUUUCCAACCACGAAACUCCCCAUAUACCACCUUUGCCUGUUGAUGAGUAUCAGUCCUACAUGCACUUGUCUCCUGAUAGCAGGAAGGGUAUAAUCAAGCAGGGUUGGCUUCACAAAUUAUCAUAUCAUGGCAGGGGUUGGAAGAAGCGAUAUGUUGUUAUCACUGAGGACUGUGAACUUCAAUACUGGUCACACGUCUUUCCCUUCAACGGCGGUACAGCACAAUGGGAGCUCAAGGGUAUCGUGAGUUUAGAUGAUGCAGAAUUUGGCAAGGUGCAAAACUUGGUUGUAGAUGGACACGAAGGAAGGUUCCCUGUGGCAAUCAAAAUAUCGUCACAGAGAAGCGUUUCUCCCAAGCACAGUCAGUGGUGGAUACUCCGCGACUACUACUUCGCAGCUGACGAGAACGAAUUAGAGCCUUGGAUGCGUGAAAUGGCUGAUGUCAAGUUUAAGUGUGAGGUCGAGCUCGUCGACAGAGCCUACUGCCUUACAUCCAGCGUCGAUGCCUCGGACUCUCCUAGAAGCAAGCUUGAUAGCGAGUACAUGUUUGUCGAACCCCGCAUUUUGCUUCCACUGUCUCGACAGCUGGUGUUGAACACACACAACAACAUGGCAAACGCUACACAACUAGACAAGAGGCAAUUUCUUGAUGGUUCAUGUGCUCCAGCAUGGGUUUUGGGAUGGAAGUAUAAAGUUGGACCAGAUUCUCCCCGUGGCAAUGCUACAAAUCGCGGUACAACCGACCAGCAAACGGUUCACAUAUCGAUCUGGUUUUUCUCCAAUCGAACCGAGCAAUCUUACUUCAGACAGCGGCUGGGGAUGCAUGCUGCGCAGUGGCCAAAUGAUGCUGGCACAAGCAUUGCUACAUCAUCACUUGAGGAGAGAUUGGCGAUUGCGAAGGGACAAGCCCACUCCUCGCUGGUUAUAGUUCUGAUGCUACAUGGGGCUAUAUCUCAACCAUUGUGCUGCAGAUGGUUUGGACCAGACACAAUCUGUCGAGUCCUCAGGCAUAUAUGGAAUAUGAAUGAGGGUGUCUGGCCGUGCCACACAGCUGGAAUGCUCUUUGUGGAAGAUCACUGUAUCUAUCGUGAUUUGGCUGAGAGUGUGGCUUGUUCUCGACAGGCGUACUCGGGUACCAACUGCAGCAGAAUGGCUCAAGCAAGGGAACCUUGCUCGUGGAGGCCACUAAUUGUUGUCGUACCCGUUAGACUCGGUGCAAGGUCUGAAGAUCAGCACUUGUCUCGAAUUGACAAGCAUUUGCAGAGCCUGGGAUUCAUUGGUGGACGGCCAAGACACUCAUACUACUUUGUUGGUGUCAGAGGAUAUAAUGCUUACUAUCUGGACCCUCACAUAACUCAGCCUUAUCAAUCGAUCAGAAAGAACAUCAACGUCGCAUCUUUUCAUUGUGCGCACCCAGGAAAGAUGUCACUAGCGCACAUCGAUCCAUCUCUUGCCUUGGGAUUCUAUUGUGACGAUAAGUCAGAUUUUGAAGACUUGAUAAGGCGAGUUGAGGAGCUUGCAGCCGGUGACAGCCACCCGAUUCUAUCAGUGGGAAAUCGUGCUCCAGAUUAUCUUUCCUUGGAUGAUGUGGAUGAAGACAUUGUAACGUUUGAAGAUGUAAACUAA